AUGCACCUCUCCCAGCUGCUGGCCUGCGCCCUGCUGCUCACGCUACUCUCGCUCCGGCCCUCCGAAGCCAAGCCCGGGGCGCCGCCGAAGGUCCCGCGAACUCCGCCGGGAGAGGAGCUGGCCGAGCCCCAGGCUGCGGGCGGCGGUCAGAAGAAGGGCGACAAAACUCCCGGGGGCGGCGGCGCCAACCUCAAGGGCGACCGGUCGCGACUGCUCCGCGACCUGCGCGUGGACACCAAGUCGCGGGCGGCGUGGGCCCGCCUUCUGCAUGAGCACCCCAACGCGCGCAAAUACAAAGGAGGCAACAAGAAGGGCUUGUCCAAGGGCUGCUUCGGCCUCAAGCUGGACCGGAUCGGCUCCAUGAGCGGCUUGGGAUGUUAG